GAAGCUAAAACUGUUGUCUUACUAUACUUUUAGUAUAGUAUUUCUAAUUUAUUUCAAACAGACAUCGGCAAAUAACGAACAGUGUAACAACAUUAUAAUUGAAGGUGGAGAAGAGGCUUUAAGAAAAAUAUUUAACGAUUUUAAUGAAAUUAAAACAACACUUAACGACUUGAAAUUGAAAAAUGAAAUACAACUGGAAAGCAAUAAUGCUACAAAGAAAGAUAUGCCAUUUUUUGAUGAACGUAUUGAUAAGAUGGAUGUUAAAUGCCAUACUAAGGAACUGCCUAAAGAUUGUGCCACAGCUACCGCCUGUACUAAACGAAGUGGCAUUUACAAAAUACAAAUCGAACAAUUUAGUACUGAACCAUUUUAUGUGGCAUGUGAUAGUGAAACUGAAACCGGUGAUUGGUUAGUAAUACAGAAACGUCAAGAUGGUUCCGAAGAUUUCUAUAGAGAUUGGCAAGAAUAUGAAGAGGGUUUCGGUGACAUAGAUGGAGAGUUUUUUAUUGGUUUAAAAAAAUUACACGCUCUAACAACAUACAAUGGACCUCAAGAAUUAUUAAUUCUUAUGAAAGAUACAAAUCGUACUAAUGCCUUCGCUAAAUAUAAUGCAUUUGCCAUAGGUAAUGAAACCGAAUCGUAUAAAUUGAAGAAAUUGGGUGAUUACUCGGGAACAGCGGGUAAUUCUUUGGGUAUUCAUAUAGGCAUGAAAUUUUCAACUAAAGAUCGUGACAAUGAUAUAAGUGAUAGUAGUAGUUGUGCCACUGUUAACUCUGGAGCUUGGUGGUAUAUGAAUUGUCAUCAUAGUAAUCUCAAUGGCAAAUAUGGUGUAAAUUCUAGCAAAGGUGUUAUUUGGAGAACAUUUCGUCAAUAUUCAGAAUCUCUUCCUUAUGUUAAAAUGAUGAUACGUCGCAGCAGAACUAUAUAAAUAAUUAUUUCUAAUGUAAUUGUAUGUAAUAUAUAACGUAUAA